CAUCAGGCUCUUACAAAACUUCUGGCAGACAUUCUGGAUUUUGCGUUCGAAUUUGAUUAUCUAAAGAUGAAAACCCCUUCUAUCCAAAAUGAUUUUUCGUAUUAUCGACGUACGUUAAGUCGAGGAAAACUUGCGGCAGAGACGGACUUAAAAACCGCCAUGAUCGAGGACGAACUCGCCAACAGAAUUUCGUUGUUCUACGCCUAUCCAACCCCAAUGUUGAAGACUGUGACGGACGUGACUGCUCUGUUUGUUGCAAAAAACAAUCUGGGUAGAGGCGUGUCAGAAUGUUUAUCAGGAGUUGCUGCUUCUUGUUAUCACGCAGUCACAAAGAAAAGAGCCCAAAAGCCAGAAACCAUCGCAUUCUGCUUAAGAGUGAUGGUUGUAUCUAUCAUUCUCUAUGAUCACAUCGACCCACAAGGAGCAUUUAAUAAACAAUCACCUAUCAACAUAAAAUCAACCGUUAAAGCCAUCCAAACUCAUGGCACGUCUGAACUUUCUAAUUUGAUGUCUGCACUGCGAUUUAACACCAAACAUUUAAAUGACGAAUCUACGCCAAAGAACAUAAAGCAGCUUCUGAGCAGUCACUGA